CCUGGUAAGCCCUCGACCGCAUUGUUUUUAAGUAUCCUGUACUUAUGCACUUAUUACGUAGAGGGGCCGCAUUCCCCGCCAGAUCGGAUUAGCGAUUUGGCCGCCGACUUUCCCUCUAACACCAGCUGGCAACAAUUACCUGCCGUAAUCAAUCAUCCCCCUUGACAACCACCACAUCCGCGUGGCCCUGAGCUCAGGUACCAACCGACAGAACUGGUAGAAGAGACGAAAGGACGAACCCGAAAUGGCAGACGAAGACAAAGCAAAGGCCGAGAAGCUGGCGGCGGCCAAGAAGCGGGUCGAGCAGAGGAAGAAGCAGAUGGCCAAGAAAGGCGCCGGUUCCAAGCACAAUAAGGAAGAAGAGGCUGCCGAGGCCAAGCCCGAGUCGACGGCCGCCAGCGCUGCCGAUGAGCCUACUGCCGAAGACGCCCCAGAGCCCCCCGCGACGCCGACUGCCUCAUCUCCCUCCCAGCCGUCGAAAGUGCGAUCUCCUUCCUUUCGCCAGGGCGCGUCACCGUCCACCGGCUUCCCUUCGGGUCCUGACGGCGAAUCGGCCCCCGAUAUCUACCGCAAGCAGGUCGCACGCAUAGAGGAUCUGGAGAAGGAGAAUAAGAGGCUCGCCAAGGAGGCUUCUGAUUCGGAGAAGCGGUGGCAGAGGGCCGAGGAGGAACUGGCCGACUUGCGCGAGGCUGAUCAAGAUGGGCCCAACGGCCAAGUCGAGCAGCUGAAAGCAGAAAUCGCGGCUCUCCAGCGUCAGAACUCGCAGCUCCAAUCCGCGGCCGCGAAACGCCACGGAUCGUCGCCGUCUGUCUCCCUAUCGUCGCCUCCGGGCGAGCUCCAGGCCCAACUUGCUUCCAAGUCCGCCACUAUCGAGACCAUGGAGCUGGAGAUAUCGCGCCUCCGCGCCCAGGCCGAGCGGCAGGCUUCUGCGGGCGGCACCGACCGCGAACAGAUCGCAGCCCUCGAAGAGAAGUUGGCGCGUUCCGAGCAGGCCGCGAUGAAGGCCCAGCGCGAGCUCGGCGACCUGAAGCGCAACCUGGAACGCACAACCGAACGGGUAGUUAAAGAAGGCAGCGAGCGCACCAGCGCCGAGACUAAGCUCCGAAGCCUCCAGGCUGAUGUAGACAAGCUAGAGGGGGAGAAGGCAGAGCUCGAGAAGAAAACGGAAGCCCUGGAGAAGAAGGUCGCCGCUCUGGGCAACCUGCACAAGGAGAACGACGCCCGGUCGCAGGCUCUGCGGAAGGAGAAGGAGCGCGCAGAGAAAGAGGCACAGGAAGCGAAAUCCAAGAUCGAGAAGUUGCAGGCAGAGAACGCACAUCUGCGAAAGAAGGACGCGGCCGAGGGCGGUGGCGACGACGACGGGGUCGACGAGCUGGAGAACGAGGAACGGCAGCGCAUGGAAAAGAAGAUCCGAGACCUCGAGAGCGAGAUCUACGACCUGCGCCGCGGCAUCUGGCACCAGCGUCGCAAAGAGAUGGAGCCCGGCGCGGAGGACGUCCUCCUGAGCCCUAGCGCGGGGCAGUUCACCAACAUCGACCUCGGCGGCAGCACGUCGCCGGGGCCUCGGAAGUCGGCCCAUAAAGGCGGCGGGUUCGGCGACUUCUUCACUGCAUUAACGGGCGGCGCCGGCACGACGGGGCCCGACGAGAAGGGCCACCACGGUAAUGACGACGGGUUCCUCGAAGACGACGACGCGGAGUUCGACGAGGACGCGUUCCGGCGGGCGCAGGAGGAGGACGGCCGCAGGCGGCUCGAGCGCAUCAAGGAACUCAAGCGCAGCCUCAAGAACUGGGAGGGCUGGAGACUGGACCUCGUCGACGGGAGGCGCGGGGGCGGAGGGGUCGGCGCCGGAGAAGUGUUCGAGGUCUAAGUGCGAGGUCAGGAUACGAGAUGGCGAGGAUGCUAUUCGUCCUUGCAGGCCAUGUCCCUAGUGAGCAAAUGAGGUAAGGGAAGCGUAGCCGAGUUAUCUACAAUCGGAGUGUACGAAUGGAGGAACGCAUCCAUUCCCGUCGAAUUGGGGAAAAGGAAGUAAGUCGCGGGGAGAUGGGUCGGGACGGAUGAGCAUGCCUACGCCAGCGUGUAUGUUUUGGCGCGGACACGGGAAGCCAUUUAUUCACCACUAUCUUCUACGACCAACAUAGAACCAACCAGCUUUUGCCCUACUCACUGCUAGGUCAGGUUUACUACGACUGGAAAAAUACAGCCCCCAUCUGCCUUUGCGAUUUCGUUCCCGUUGGUUACGAGCAAGGCUGUAGUGAGGGCUCGUAAUGAGAGCCUAGGGACAUCCCAGCAGAGGAGCCGUAGGAGUUGAAGCUGACUACUCAGAAAUCAGGUAGCAAGGCUCGCACGGCAUAUUCCCUUGACGGCCAGCGUGACUUGCAGUCCCUUAACACUUAGUCAGGCGAGAGGAGACGACCGAGACACAAGAGGCGCCACAUGUGGUGAGCAUGGCUUGUGGCACGGUCUCACCGACGGCACGAGACCGAUUUAGAACCAAC